AUUCCCAACAAUGGCAAAACAACAAAGAAUAUCAUCGUGACUCGAAAGCAGAUGCAAAUGAUUCAAGCCAAAGGCGCCUUUGUCUAAACGCAAAAGACUCUCAACAUCAAAGAACACAAGUCGCACCACACCCUGGACCUCCACCAUCCAACCCAUAUUUUAUGUUUGUGUUGCUCAGCCUCAUUUCCAAAUAAUGAUGAAGCUCGACAUCCCUCGACCACACUUGGUAGGCGACACAGGACAAUUUAUCCACAGUUCCCCUUGUGGCCGCUACCAAAUAUGGCGCGCAGUAAUACCCACCUUCCCGGCGGAAGCCAUCGUAAAUGCGACAAACCGACAGAUGAUUCUCAACACGAGCAUUGUUCCUGGUGGCGAAUUCCAAAUAAUUCGAGCUGCAGGUAAUGGUCUAAAAGAGUACCUCUAUGAAACGUAUGGCUCUGGAUCUGGCCUCCCAGUUGGAGAAGCAAUCACUACACCUAGUUUCGAAAUGGCGAAUUGUUGGUUCCUAAUUCAUGUCAAUGGACCAAAUUACAGGAUGAGAACUAGAAGGACACUGCCUCUGUUGAAGCAACAGUUGGCUGAUUGUUAUAGACGGUGUCUAGAGGAGGCAGAUAAACAUGGAAUAAAAAGCAUUGCAUUUCCAUGCUUAAGUACUGGAGCGACGCUUGGAUGGCCAAGAGCAGUGGCUGCGAGAAUCGGUAUCGAUACCAUGAGACGGUGGUUCAAUCACCCGAUUUUCGGACAACGGAGAAGAGAAAGGAUACCAGGGCCCAUAUUCUUUCUUGCUGAUCCGGUAGGACCGUAUAGCCAUCAAGAGGAAGCGUGGUUGGCCGCUUUCAAGUAGGUAUCCUUGUUGUGAUGUGUUGAUAAGCGAGUCCUAACAUGUAGCAGUGAGUUCUUUCCCGCAAGUGAAUCACCACCUCCACCGAAAGCUGAAGACCCAUGGGCACCGAAUUCAAGUGAUCGUUCGGAUAGAUCCUUAAGACGGAGAGCUGUUUCUCACAGAGGACGAAGUAGAAAAGCCAGAGAUUUACCAAUAUUGAAGUGGGAAG